UUUGCGCGUGACGUCAUCUGUCUUUGUCCAGCUGCAGCACCAGCUAACGCUGUAGAAAUGCGUCCCGAGUAGCACACGAUGGGAUUUUGGCGAUAUUUCAGACAGUGAUUCCGUACAGACUCAUCAGUUUAUGUGAAGAUGUGCGAUCUGAGCUCAGCGCUCAUUAAAGAGGGCUGGUACCUUACAGAUGAAGGAAUAGAGGAGUGUAAAAGUUCAACAGAGAAGGAGAAAACCUCACCGACUGACAUCAUCCAAGUAGCACUCAACAGUGAUCUGAGACCCAUUGGAAAGAGCUUCCUGCCGACAGACAUCAACAGUGGACGAAUAGAAAAGUUGGAUGGCCCGUGUGUUCUUCAGGUGCAGAAGAUUCGUAAUGUCGCCGCUCCUAAAGAUCACGAGGAGUCGCAGGCGGCACCCAGAAUGCUGCGCCUGCAGAUGACAGACGGACACAUGUCAUGCACCGGCCUCGAGAUCAAACAUCUGUCCAAAAUCAGUCUGAACACUCCGCCUGGAACUAAAGUGAAGCUCCUGGGGGCCGUUCAGGUUAAAAAUGGCAUCCUCCUAUUGGACGAUUCCAGGAUCGCGGUUCUCGGAGGCGAAGUGGAUCAUAUGAUCGAGAAGUGGGAGUUUCAGAGGAGCCUCGCCAAACACAGCCGGAGAAACAUUGUUGCAGAAGGUGGACCUCCUCCGUUCGUUCCCUUUGGACAGAAAUGUGCUCAUAAGGAGCAGGUGGACAGCAGAGCUCUGGAUCAGAGGAAGACCCUGCAGAGCACUAACGCUAUCAAAACUGCUGACGACAACGAUGAGUUUGAGAAACAAAGAACCGCUGCUAUCGCAGAAGUCGCUAAGAGUAAAGAGACGCGUACGUUCGGCGGUGGAGGUAACGCAGGCGGAAACCUCGCCAAUCCAGGAUCCACCUACAAGAACCGAGACACCUAUCAAAGAAAGCGAGAGGAGAGAGAAAAGCCGUGGACGGAGAACAAGUCAGAAGGAGUUUACAGAGAUCUGGUUGAUGAGCGCGCUUUGAGGGACAUCAUGGAGAUGGGCUUUAACCGAGAGGCGGCCAGACAGGCCCUGCUGGAUAACAACAAUAAUGUGGAGGUGGCCCUCAACUUCCUGCUCGCCGGAGCAAACCAGCCCAAAGCGGCCCAAAUGGAGCAGAGCCGCCCACCACCUCGAGGAAAGGGUCGUGGAAGGGGGCGCUCCAGACAAGAUGAGGAUGAUGAAGCAGGAGGAAGACCGUCUGGACCCAGCACUCUGUUUGACUUCCUGGAAUCAAAAAUGGGGACAUUGUCCAUUGACGAGUCAAAGAACCAGCCUUCACUACAAGAUCACCAAUCUAAGAUGACUUUCUCCAACUCUGAUCAAAUGUCCAGAGAUGCUGGCCAGUCCAAAUACCCGCCCCGAAACGAGGGACGUCCGCAGAGAAACGACAGGCCUCCACGUUUCCAGAAGGACGGAGACUUUCCCAAACCAGGCGCAGCCUCUUCCAGCGUCUCCCAGCCGCAGAAAUGGAGGGACAGGGAAGAGCGAUCGGGAAGAGGAGGAUCGGACCGAUGGAAGAAUGACUCUCAAGAUGCUAGAAAUAUGUACACCUCGACAGGAAAGCCUAGGGAACAGCAGGGUAUCUCUGGAAAGGAACAAAGCGGGUCAAAAAGCUUCCCGCAGGAACCGCAUAACGGCGGAUGGAAAGAGCAGGAUCCUGCUUCGUUUAGGAAAAACCAAUCAAACGGACCCGCACCCAAAUCCACAAAUCCUACUGCGUCAGGUUCUGAUCCUAAAUCUAGAAAUGAACCUAACAACAGAAGGAAAGGCAAGCCAGAAAGACCCAAUUCAGGCUACUUUGAGCGCUCCCAAGAUGCAACGAAAAAAGACUUUUCGCAGGACGCCGGAUUGGGUCAGAUGAUCAAAGUGGGCGGGGUUUCAAACACGCAGCUUCCUAAUGGUGAUUUAGAAAACAGACGGAGCGGUCCAAUCAAGCCGCAGUCUUCAGCCCCGCCUCAAAAACAAGCCAACUCGCAUAACUCCGCCUCCAAGAAACGAUACGGACCAAUCAAAGGUCCAAGAGAGCAGAUGGACACAAAUAAUCACGUUAACUGGAAAGCUGGUGACCAGUGUCUAGCGCUCUACUGGGAAGACAAUAAGUUUUAUCGGGCGAGAAUCGACGCCAUCCACCCGUCGGGCUCCACGGCUGUGGUUGUGUUCAGCGAUUAUGGAAACUGCGAAGAAGUUCUGCUUCACAAUAUCAAACCUCUGCACAUGGAUGUGUGGGAUGACGAAGACAUUUACUAUGAAAAUUCACUUGAAUUUCGAAGAGGAGGAGACGGACAGCCUCGUCGCUCUCGACCGACACAACAAUAUUACCAACCGCCGCGUGCAAGAGACUGACACACACUCGCCCACACAAACAUUCACUAGCAAGGAAACUCAUUUGAUUUGCUCAUUACUCCUGGAAAUAAAAACAAUUAGUGCUCUUUCAGUAAACCAACACACUUAGGUCAGGACUAGAUCAGGUUUACAGCUGUUAUUCUUCUGCUAAUAGGCCCUUCUAGCAUCGUGUAGUUUCUGUAGAUCAAUAUAAAUGCAACAUGAUGUUCUCUGCCCGUGCAGGUAAUUAUCAUCUCGUUAUCCACAAGUAAAUGACUGUAAUUGGAGAAAAUGACAUGCAGUUUGUUGUACCUUUUCAGAAGCAUCAUUAUUAACAGCUAGAUAUGUAGGAAAUGCCAAUUCCGAGUGAAUAUCGGAAUAUUUCACCCCAAAAUAAAAGAAUAUAAAAUUAUAUUUUGCAUUGUGACUUUAUUAGGGCUUAAAUUAAUUAAUGCAUUACUGUUAUAAAAAGUAAAAUAUGUUGUUUUUUUGUUUUUUUUGUCAGUAAUAGUUUAUUUGUUUUUAUUUCAGUACAAUUUCAUUAUUUUUCUAAUGCAAUACAGUAAAAAAUGAUCACAGAAAACACAAAAGUAAAGCAUUUUGCACAAAGAAAUGUGCAUAAUCAUGAAAAUGUCACAAUGCAAAAAAACUAAAUGAUUCACAGAUUUCUUUAUGCAAAUUUUUUUUGAUUUUGGGGUGAAAUGUGACCGUGAGAUGUGAGAUCCGCUACAUAAGCAUCUAUAAAAAUGCGCUGUCACAUGACAAUGCUUCGGUUACGUGGCUGAAUGAAUGAAUCUGAGGUACUCGCUGCGCUCCAUAUGCACUGUUUCAUGGGAGUUAAAAGGAAACAACAAAAUCGUAUCUAAUACAUUUGUGUUUGAUCUCAAAGAUGUUUUUUUUAAAUUCGGAGACUGAUGAUUUGAUCUCUAGCUGAGGAGAUGAAAGAACAUAUCUCAAAAAAAUAUCUGAUCCCUGUCUCGGCAUGGGAGACGGAUUCAUAAGGGCUUGCAGCACACGGUGCAUCGAUGAAUUCUGGACUCUGUGAAACUUGCCAUGCAAACGGCUGCUGUACACGGUGACUAUUUGUAAAGGACUUGAUAUUAAUAAUUAUAAAAGCGCUACGCUCUUUUGUUCAAAACUCA